AUGGCUGCUAGUGAAACCGUUCGAGUUAUCGUACGAUGUCGACCGAUGAACCAACGUGAAACCGAUUUAGAAUGUAAAACUAUAGUUUCAAUGAAUACACAAUUAAAUCACGUUCUAUUAGAGAAUAUUGACCAAAGUAAUGAACCACCGAAACAAUUUACUUUCGAUGCUGUUUAUUCGGAAGAUUCAAUAACGGAAAAUAUUUAUGCUGAAUCAGUUUUUCCAUUAGUUGAAAAUGUACUCGAAGGAUAUAAUGCAACUGUAUUUGCCUAUGGACAAACAGGAUGUGGAAAAUCUUUUACAAUGCAAGGAAUAAAUACACCGGGUUCGCCACAACGUGGUGUUAUACCACGAUCAUUUGAGGUGAGAUAA